GAGGUGCGUCUAAAAUGAGGAGUGCGGGGGCGGGGCUGCGAACUGCAGUUGCUAUUAAGAGUUUUGGCAAAUCAGCUCCGGGUUCCACUUCUCCUGGCCAAUAGGAAGUGGCCUAAGGCGCAGAGGCGGAAAGUGCGGCCACACGAACAGACGUGGAGGCCAAUCAGCCGCCGGCCUCCGUUCCGCGCUCCAACCGGCGCGGAGAGCGGGCCUGAGGGAGGCCGUGGCAGCUGUCAGGCUAAAGUCCAGCGAGAGAUCGCGGCGGGACGGCGGCGGCGGGACCGGCCCUGGAGAUGAGCCGUGGUGCCGCGGGCUGGUGCUGUCUCGUGCUUUGGCUGCCCACGUGCGUCGCGGCCCACGGCUUACGCAUCCAUGACUACUUGUACUUCCAAGUGCUGAGUCCUGGGGACAUUCGGUACAUCUUCACUGCCACGCCUGCCAAGGACUUUGGUGGCAUAUUUCACACACGGUAUGAACAGAUUCACCUCGUCCCUGCUGAACCUCCAGAGGCCUGCGGGGAACUCAGCAACGGCUUCUUCAUCCAGGACCAGAUCGCUCUGGUGGAAAGGGGGGGCUGCUCCUUCCUCUCUAAGACCAGGGUGGUACAGGAGCAUGGUGGGCGGGCUGUGAUCAUCUCGGACAAUGCCGUUGACAAUGACAGCUUCUAUGUGGAGAUGAUCCAGGAUAGUACCCAACGCACAGCUGAUAUUCCUGCCCUCUUCCUGCUCGGCCGAGAUGGCUACAUGAUCCGACGCUCUCUGGAACAGCAUGGGCUACCAUGGGCCAUCAUCUCUAUCCCAGUCAAUGUCACCAGCAUUCCUACCUUUGAGCUGCUGCAACCUCCAUGGACUUUCUGGUAAAAAAGCUGACCCCAGGUUCCAGCGACAAGUGACUCUCGGGAAGAGGAAACCCAAGAUUCUGCUAUAUGGAGUUUGGAGAUAGAUACUGAGGACAAGAUAGAUACUGAGGAGCCAGGGAGAGGACAAGGAGGCCAUACUCCUGACUGUCCCUUCCCUAGGGCCUACAAGGACAUCUCAUGCUUCAAGAGGCUUCUGGCUAGAAUUUGGAAAAAGUGCUGAAGGCAGGUGGCCCUGACACAUACCGCCUGUUUCAGCUUCCAGAAGCCAGGCCUUGUCACAGGGAGCCUUGUAGCUGUUGCUGAAGUGGCUUAAAGAAGUGGUCUUUGGGGACUAAUAAAUUAGCACCUACUUUCAGCAAUAAAGCCAAAUAAAGCUCAUCAGAUUUG